GAUCAGUUUUACUCUAAAUUUUUACAAACACUACACACAGAGUUUCACAAGAGUGCCUGAACUAUUUUUAAAACCAAUGUGAGAGGACAAAAAAAGGAUGGCAGAUUCCCCCAUGGUGUCAUCCCCCACUUUUUCUUCUAAUUCCAUUCCCUUUUCAGAUGAUGAAUCAGCUUCCUUUAACCAGCUUCCUCCUCUAAUUGAUGUGCCUCUUUCCAGCCUCAGAAGUCCUGAAACAGGGAGUGACAACAACAGCAAAGGCUUGCUACAAAAUCAAACUAGAAAAAAAGUUUCUGACUUGUUACUACAACACGUAAGGAAUGGCAAACUUCAGCACGGUGGCAUCAAUAAAGUUGCUAAUGAACUCAACAUAUGCAGGCAAAGAGUAAGCAGAAUAUGGUCCAUAGCCAAAUAUCAAUUGGAUGUUGGUCAACCCGUUGAUGUUCAAUGUCAGUGGAAAGGAAAGUGUGGGAGAAAAAGAACACCUAUUGACACAGAAAAGAUGGCAGGUGUGCCAUUUAAUAGGCGUAAGAACAUGCGUGCACUUGGAUAUGCCAUGGAGGUGUCAAAGUCAACAGUCCACAGAUGGCUUCAGUUAAAAGAGAUCAGAAGGCAUUCCAAUGCCAUUAAGCCACUUCUAAGUGAAGAAGGUGAACUGAAAAGACUUAAAUUCUGUGUGGACCAUGUUGUUGCCCAAUCAAUCCCCUUGAACCCAACCUUUCAUGACUUUUAUGAUCACAUUCAUAUUGAUGAAAAGUGGUUUGAGAUCAGCAAAAAGAGCACAACAUUCUAUGCAUUACUAACUGAAGCAGACCCCUAUAGGACAGUUCAAAACAAAAGUUUCAUACCCAAAAUAAUGUUUUUAGCAGCUGUUGGCAGACCAAGGUAUGGGGUUGAUGGGGAACUUAUGUGGGAUGGUAAAAUAGGAAUAUUCCCUUUCACUUACUUAGCAGCAGCUCAAAGGGCCAGUAAGAAUAGACCUGCAGGGACUAUGGAAGUGAAACCAAUCCCUAACAUCACUAGAGAGGUCAUGCUGCGCAUGUUACUCACUAAGGUACUGCCUGCAAUAAAGGAAAAAUGGCCAUGUUCAUCGAGGAAUAUUAUUAUCCAACAGGAUAAUGCCAAACCACAUGUGGAUGGAAGUGACCUUCACUUUCUGCAAGCAGCUACAGAAGGAGAAUGGAACAUUAAACUUAAAUUUCAACCCCCCAACAGCCCAGAUCUUGAUGUACUGGAUCUUGGGUUCUUUAGGGCCAUUGAUUCAUUGCAGGACCAGUCAGCUCCCAGGUCAUUGGAUGACUUGAUUAGUGCUGUAACAACAGCAUUUGAAGAACUAUCACCUGAAAAGCUGAAUAAUGUGUUCUUAACCUUACAAGGGGUCAUGUGUCAAGUUUUAGCCACCAAUGGAGGGAAUCAGUUCAAAAUCCCUCACAUUGGGAAAACCAAACUGGUGAGACAAGGUACACUGCCUCAGAACUUAGGGGUCAGUAUUGAAGUCUUUCAGAAGGCACACGCAUUCUUACAGGAAAGGAUGUGAGUACUCUUCUUUUUGUUUCUGUGUGCAAAACAUGGUCAGUGGAAAGCACAAAUGCUAAAUGCACUUCCAAAUGAAAACCUUUUUGCAACUUUUUUGUAAGCCAAAGAAGAAGUGUAGUACCUAACUGACAUAGACUUAAGGCUUGUAUGUAUUC